AUGGCAACUCGCGCUCCAUUUGUUGUUCCUGCGCUGAAGAAGCACACCGCGACGGUCAUCAUGGCCCACGGCCUGGGCGAUAAUGGCGCAGGAUGGAUGUCCCUCGCCCAGAACUGGCGCCGUCGCAACAAGUUCGACGAGGUGGCUUUCGUCUUCCCCAAUGCACCCAACAUCCCCAUCACAGUGAACUUUGGCAUGGCCAUGCCGGGAUGGUACGAUAUCGCCAAGCUGGGCGCUGAUCUCGAUAUCCAAGAAUCCGUCCGCACCCAGGACGAACCUGGUAUCCUGCGCUCGCGCGACUACUUCAACACCCUUAUCAAGGAAGAGAUUGAGAAGGGAAUCAAACCUUCGCGCAUCGUGCUGGGUGGGUUCUCGCAGGGUGGUGCCAUGUCUUUGUUCAGUGGUAUCACAGGCAAGGAGAAGCUGGGUGGUGUUUUCGGACUGUCGUGCUACCUGCUGCUUAGCGAUCGCAUCAAGAAUCUCAUUCCCGAGGGCUUCCCUAACAAGGAGACUCCGUUCUUCUUGGCGCAUGGUCAGGAUGAUGGCGUUGUGAAGUUUGAGUAUGGUGAGACUUCGUACAAGUGGAUUAAGGAUUUGGGCGUGGAAAACAUUUCUUUCAACAAAUAUGCUGGUCUUGGACACUCGGCGGAUCCUCAGGAGAUUGAUGAUCUUGAGAAGUUCCUUGAGAAGUGUCUUCCUGCUGAGGAUGCUGCUGGUUUAUGA